UUCAUUCUCCGGCGUAGACAGGAAGGGGGCGGGGCUUCCCGCAGUGGCUGUUGGGUAACAGGAUUGCCCUGAGAGUGGAAGCGGCCUAGAGGCCUCAGAAGAGAGCAGCGGUAGCAGCGUUGCGUGGCGUGUUUUUCUCUCCUUCAGAGAAGAUUGUGAAAAUGGCUGAAAAUGGAGACAGUGAAACCAUGUCCGAUUUAGAAAUGAAGGUGUGCCAGCAAAUUGAGUACUAUUUUGGUGAUUACAAUUUACCACGAGAUAAAUUUCUUCAGGAGCAGAUUAAACUGGAUGAUGGCUGGGUGACUUUAGAAACAUUAAUCAAAUUUAACAGGUUAAAUCGCCUUACGAAAGACUUUGAUGUAAUAGUGGCGGCAUUAAAAAAAUCAAAGACUGGGCUUAUAGAAGUUAGUGAAGAGAAAACUAAAAUUCGAAGGUCUCCAAACAAACCGCAGCCUGAAGUAACAGAGCAAUAUAAGAAUGCAGUUAAAAACAGAUCUGUGUAUAUUAAAGGCUUUCCAGUAGAUACAACUCUAGAUGAUAUCCAAGAAUGGAUAGAUUCAAAAGCCAAAGUAGAAAAUGUUCAGAUGAGAAAGACACUUCAGAAAACGUUCAAGGGAUCUGUAUUUGUAGUAUUUGAUACUAUUGAAUCUGCCAAGGCAUUUGUCGCAACUCCAAACCAAAAGUACAACGACACAGAGCUGUUUGUUGUUUCCAAGGAGGAUUACUUUGCAAAGAAGAACGAAAACAAAAGACAGCACAAAUUGGAAGCAAAAGCAAAAGCCAAACAGGAGAAGGAAGAGAAACAGAAGCAAGCAGAAGAUGCCGAAAUGAAAUCCCUGCAGGAGGCACAGGGAUUCUUGCUGAAAUUCUUUGGAGACCUGGAAGAUCAGACUUGUCGAGAAGAUCUCCAUUCGGUUUUUUCUGAUCAUGGUGAAAUCAAAUGGAUAAGCUUUGUCCGGGGCGCAAAAGAGGGAGUCAUCUUGUUCAAGAGUAAUGCAAAAGAAAUACUAGACAAGGCCAAAGAAGCAAAUGAUGGCAGUCUACAGCUGCGAGGCAAAGAUGUUACAUGGGAAGUGAUUGAAGGAGAUGCUGCAAGAGAAGCACUGAAAAAAAUUAUGGACGAACAGCAAGAAUUGUUAAAUAGAAAGCAAGGAAAAGGUCGUAAAAAUAAAUACAACAAGGGAUCUCAAGGAGCACAAGACAAAAAAGUAAAAUUUCAAGGCAAGAAAACAAAAUUUGAGAGUGAAGAUGAAGAGGAGGUUGAAGGCAACAGUACAAAAGGGUUGGCAAGUCCUAAGAAAAGGCCACUUGAAGAUGCCACCCCUGAAGAUCCUGCCCCAAAGCAGAUAAAAACAGAAAAUGGAGCUGGAAAUAAGGAAUAGCACUCCAAAAAGAUUUUUUAUUCUUCUAAAAAAGUUUUAUGUCAUUCCUCCAUUCAUCUUUUUGUCACAAGUGAAUCUAAUAAAAUCAACUUCGAUGUCCACCUGCAGAGUCAAAGAACAUUUAUCAGUUGAGAUUCUUUCCAAGGAAUCCUUGCUUAUUUUAACAUGCAGUUUUUCCAAGUUAACUUUGCAUUAAGGCUAAAAGGAAAGGCUCAAGAAAUGGAUUCCCCUCAUUCAAGUGUGAACAAAAGUUGUAUGAAAUGCGCUUCUGCAUACUGAAUAUCAGAAUUCUGUGAAUUAUUACAUCCUAGAAGUUGAGCAACUAAUGUAUGAAAUUACAUCACCAUCUUGAGAUUCACGGAAGACAGAUGGACUAUAAAAAGAAAAGAAAGCAACUGUGUACAGUCACUUAGUUCAAAUCAGUUCUGAAAUUACUUCCAAUGUUUUCUUAGUUAUAUCUUCAAUACAUCUACUUUUCCUUUGUACCAUAAUAACAAAGGGUGUCUAUAUAUAUGGGGAAACAACAAUUACACACCAUUAGUAAAUAGAUAAUUGGUAAUA